AUGACUUUGAUAGAUAAUCGAUAUUUAAGUGUAUAAUCUAUGAUCGAUAUUGAACAUCACUGUCACUGUGUUUGUAGUUUAAUAAUUUUACACAUAGCGUAGCGAGCUUUACUCCGUUGACUUUACUCAAUGAAUAUUGAUUUGGUUUAAUUAGUGAACAAUACAGAAUUUUAGUCCGAAAUGAUAAAAGCUAUAUUAGUCUUCAACAACCAUGGGAAGCCACGCCUCUCUAAAUUCUACCAAUAUUUUAAUGAAGAUAUGCAACAGCAAAUAAUAAAAGAAACAUUCCAAUUAGUCUCGAAACGUGAUGAUAAUGUGUGCAACUUUCUUGAAGGAGGCAGUCUAAUCGGAGGUUCAGACUACAAAUUAAUAUACAGGCACUAUGCGACCUUAUAUUUCGUGUUCUGCGUUGAUUCAUCAGAGAGUGAACUCGGUAUACUAGAUCUUAUACAGGUAUUCGUAGAGACUUUAGAUAAAUGCUUCGAGAAUGUCUGCGAGCUGGACUUGAUCUUCCACGCUGAUGCGGCCCAUCAGGUGCUGGAUGAGCUCGUGAUGGGAGGCAUGGUGCUGCAGACAAACAUGGCUGAGAUACUCUGCAGGCUUCAGGAGCAGAAUAAAAUGCAGAAAGCUGAGGCCGGCAUAUCAGCUGCCCCGGCCAGAGCUGUCUCUGCAGUCAAGAGCAUGAACCUACCGCAGCAACUCCGGGACAUGAAGCUGCCCGAUCUCCCGCAGGCCAUCAAGGAUCUGAAAUUCUGACCUACACAACAAGGCGCUUACAACGCCACGCCCGCUACCAUAGCCACGAACAUAAUCAAUUCGAUCUACCCACAAAACGACAAGUACCAGAACAUCCACAAGCCAACGGAGACGUUUGCCAACAAGUUCUUCGGCUCGGAGAGUCUGAGCACCAGGUUCUCAGAGUCGUUCUCCGAGAACUACCAGCAGACCGACGGCGUCACCUUCCCAGAGUACGAGGGUAGGAGCACGGAGGGGUACCAGGACCUAAGCGGCAGCAACGUUGACUUCACCAAGAAGAAGGGCAAAAAGAAGAAGCGACGUUGAGUCUAGCGAGGCAUCACUCAAUGAGUCACUCAGGAAAUUUUUUGAUAAUGAGCACUCAUGAGUAUUUAAAAUAUUCACCGUGCAAUUCUCGUCUUCAAUGUGAAAUAGCAUAAUUUAUCAGUACCAUUGAAUUCUGAUGACAUAAGAAAAUGUCAAUACUGUUUAAACUAUAGAAAGGUAUUUAUCUUAUCUUAUACCUUUAAACGAGCAAUUCUUGUAUAUUAAUAUAUUUAUAUAUAUAAUCUGAAUCUCGGAAACGGCUCCAACGAUUUUCAUAAAAUUUAGUAUACAGGGGAUUUCCGGGACGAUAAAUCGAUCUAGCUACGAUUUAUUUUCAGAAAAUGUUGUUUUAUUCGUGUUUUCAAUAAUCAACUUUAUGACUCUUCCCGACAUCUAUUGGCGAAUAAUAAUACUAUUUUCCUUAAUUGAGGGCAACUAACCCCUUUAAAGACACAACAAGAUGGCGUUAUCAAAAAAAAAUCAUCUAUUUUAACUUAAUUAAAAAUGAGAUUGCACUAUAAAAUUAUCAAUGAACUAGCUGUACCCGUCCGCUUCGCUGGGCAUUUAAAAUUAACAUUAUUAUUUCUCACCCCCCACAAAGAUUCUCAUCAUUAACGCCCCCCCAACUGGUGUAGGGAGUCCAGCGCUCAUAUAAAUAUCAGCCUAUCCAUUAAGUACAUGUAUUUUCUGCAUGGAUACCAAGUUUCAAGUCAAUCGGAUGCAUGGUUCAGUAGUUAUAACGGAACAUCCGUAAAAACCACCGUAGAUAUUAGUAUAUAUAUUAAAUCAAAUCAAAAAAAAUUUAUUCAACAUAAAUGAAAGUCCAUACUUGUUGAACGUCAAAAGAACUACCGCCAAUUUACAAGAACUAACCUCCAUCUUGAGAAGAACUGGCAAGAAACUCAGCGGGCAUGUCUUUUUUUUUUUUAAAUAUUAGAUUUUUUUUAUUGAUUAUAGAUUUUUUUAAAUAUUCAUUUUUACAUGAGUAUAAUAACAUAACAAUUAUUACAAUAUUGAAAUGCCCGGAGCGAGCAACUCAUUCCCACUUUGUGCAAUCUUCUAGAUAUGAGUCGUCUAUUAUCAAAGGUGGCAAUCUGUGCAUUUGGACAAAAAAAAUGUUAUUGAUAUGUCAAUACAGAUUGAUUUGAAUAUAAUCGCCUCCUUCAAAGAAUACGGUUCAAAACCUGCAUUAAAUAGUUAACCUGUUAUUUAUCUAAGAUGUUGUUCAGAAGAGUUUUGUGACUGCCAAUGGAAUACAAAGUCAAUAAUUCGUUUUUCUGAUUUACCAAUAAUUGUCCAAAAGUCACAUUGCCGGCUUUGAUAAUAGUCGACUCAAUUAUAGAUGAAGCAAGUACCUAUACAAGUUAACGCGCAGGUAUGCGUAUGUGUGUAUUGCUAUUAGAUUCUCUAAUACUCUGCGUUUCUCCCAACAAAUUCCAAUAACUGAGUGAUUGAUUGAUUUUUAUUGAUGUCUCGUCGUUAGAAGUAAAAUUAGUAGGGAACAGGACUAUUUUUACCGUAAUUCUCACGCAUUUUAGUUAAUCGACAGCGCAAUUUCUUUUAAUGUGACGUCAUUUGUGGCCAACCUAAGUGGGAAGAUAACCGUAGGACGGAGAGAGAGAGAGAGUAUUCCUUAUUAUACACCAAAAAACAAAUAAACAGUGCGAUACAUUAAAUACCAAAAAAAGUACAAUUGGCGGUCUUAUCGCUAAGAGCGAUCUCUUCCAGACAACCAUCAGGUGAACAAGAGUCAUUUGGAAACGAACUACGCGCGGUGUACCAAUCCAGUGAAAUAUAUAAUUAUACAUAAUAUACAUAUACGUACAUAAAAAAAACAUUCCAAAAUAUUAUUACGAUCGUUAUUAAGAAAACUCAAACCUUAUCUUUAACUGCAUAGGUAUCUAUAAUUUAAAUUCGAUUUUGUCGAACCAUUGAACGAUAUUUCAGCCGCGAAAUUCUCAAGUCAGAUUCAAUGCGGACAUGAAAAAAAAUCCGCGAAUGUUUUAAUUUUGACAUUAGAUAGUUCUUUAAUAAUAAAUUCAAUAUUUUAAACUUUAAUGAAAAAUAAUGAUCGAAAUUCGACCAUAAUCAAUAUUAAGUUUGAACAUUACUAAGACCUUUAAGUCAUGUCUUAUUUUAAUUUAUAUUCAUAUUUUUAUGAAAAAUGAUAUGGAGUGAAAUGAAAUGAAGAUGGUUAAUUUGAGACAUUAAUCAACUGGGAUGAAAUUAAAUGAAAUGAGAUGAUAUGCUUUAAAAUAUAAUCUCAGUAAAAUGGUGGUUAUUUACUAAGAUUUUUACAGUGACUUUUUGGAGGAUCUCGAGAAGUUACGUCCAGCGGCUUUGUUUCAUUUUCCAACAUUUGUGCACUUUCAUAGAUAUUAAACAGUUAAUAAACCACCAUUAUUACACAUUUAAACCCGAAGAAACACUAAAUAGACAAAAUAAAACAAAUCACACAACUUCACUCCUCGCGUUCCCGCCAAGAAGUCCACAAUUUUUUUACUUCACGUAUUAACAUACAGAUUAUACUUGGCUGAUAAUACUAAACUAGAUUCGGAAUAAAAAUACUUUUUGAAUAAAUUGGAUCUGACGUCAUUUUAUUCGUAAAAUAUUAGCGCGAUUAUUGGUUAAUAGUGAAAAAUGGCGCCUGUUCCCGCCGAAACGUGUUUUUAAUGUUCUUCUUCUAGUCAGAUGACAAGAAUUAUGUGGCGUCGGGUAAAUGGCGUUUAAAAUCGUUGAUUAAAAAAAAAAAAGAUUUACUGUGUAUAUAAGUUUAAUAAAUAUAUUUUAUGUUAUUCCAUGACCAAUAAA